AUAAAUCUUUGCUCCCAAAGUUUGUGCCGGACCUCUUGAGAGAAUUGUAUGUCAGUUUUAAAACAGGACUCCUGUCCUGGCACCAUCUGCAUUUAAUUCCGUGUGUGCUUCAGAAAAAAAGAUUUCGGAUGACAGUCAUAAAAUGUACGUGUGUAUAUGGCCCUGGAUUGAAACAUGCUGAAAUGACAUGACCUUGGAGAACUCAGACUGUUAUGUUUUGGAACGUCAUUGGCAAAGCCACAUGGCCUUGGUCUCACGACACGGUGGUCUGCACUGCAUGAAACCAACAAAGACUACAACUACAAAGAUUUUCCCUUUUCGCGGCGGGUCUUGGAACGCAACUACCGCGAUAGGAGAGGGACCACUGUGCGCUUGUUUUCAUGUGAUUGAAUCACAGCGUGCAGUCUCUUGAAUCAGAACCCCUUAGUCACCGCCGGUAACUGGAUGAAACAGCGCCUCCCCGUGUUCACACACACACCGCUGAUCUUGAUUACGAGUCGCCUCCUCGUCUGUAGUACAGGGCGGGGCUCACUUGCUAUGUCUCCACUACCACACUGAAUUUCAGCUACAACACCCCGGCACACGGCGGAGAACUUAGCCGGCCUCGAUCCAUGGAGCAGCGGUGUGGGAAUGCUGCUCCGUCCGUGGGUAAGAAACACAGAGCAGGACGUUUGAGCCUCACCCACGGCACAGGAACUGCUUCAAUGCUGCCGCCGCCGCCACAGCUGCCGUGUCAGGACCAGUGACUGGAUCUAAAGCGCUACAGCAGCGGGACUCUGGUCCAAUAAAAGAGAGAGAGAAAAAAAAGAGACAGAAACAUCUGUGGGAGAGUGGAAAUAAGCGGGGUUUCUUGACAAGAGGAUGUGACCAAUCACUACCCUGCUGGCCAGAGGAAAAUACGUGGAGUGGACGAGGAUAAUUUUUGAAAUCUGUCAGAAUUAUCACCAUUUUUUUCCGCUGCUGGAGAUCAUCUGAGCGGCUUGUCCUAAGGCUGGAAGGCCUGGGACAGGACAGAGAACAUGGCUGAACCUCGGAGGGAGAGCACCAGCAGCCUGCAGAGGAAGAAACCUCCCUGGCUUAGACUGGACAUUCCAACAGCACAGAUGUCACUGGACGAGCCUCCCACAUUUGUUCAGCCCAUAAAAAGGCAGGGAUUCCUGCGCAGCAUCAGUAUGCCAGUGGAGCCCUCUCACUUCCAGGCCCCUCCCCGUGACUUCUUUGACACGAGGCGACCCGUCUUGCAACGUCAGUCAUCCAUCACUCAGACCAUCAAGAGGGAAACAGCUGACUGGUUUGGAGUCAGUAAGGAUGGAGAUGCCACCCAAAAAUGGCAGAGGAAAAGUCUGCGCCACUGCAGCCUGCGCUACGGGAAGCUGAAACCCCAGGUGAUCCGAGAGAUGGAUCUGCCGAGUCAGGACAACAUCUCCUUAACCAGCACUGAGACUCCGCCUCCUCUCUACGUCCCCACUUCACAGCAUGGCAUGCAAAAGAUUGUGGAUCCCCUGGCACGAGGGCGAGCUUUCCGUAUGGUGGAGGAGGUGGAUGGGUACAGCGUGCCUCAAACCCCCAUCACUCCCGGAGCUGCCUCCCUCUGUUCUUUCACCAGCUCCCGCUCAGGUCUCAACAGGCUGCCCCGGCGGAGGAAGAGGGAAUCUGUUGCCAGGAUGAGCUUCAGGGCUGCCGCAGCCUUGGUCAAGGGCCGCUCGUUACGAGAAAGCACUCUGAGAAGAGCUCAGAGACGAAGCUUUACCCCCGCCAGCUUCAUGGAGGAGGACGUGGUCGACUUUCCUGAUGAACUGGACACAUCCUUCUUUGGAAGGGAUAUUCUGAUGCACGAAGAGUUGUCCACGUACACAGACGAGGUGUUCGAGUCGCCGUCGGAGUCGGCCAUAAAAGAGGCAGAGCACAGCAGCCAGAAGGAUGAGACGGAGCUGACGGGCAGCGCUCUAGACAAAACAGAGCUGGAGAGAAGUCACCUGAUGCUACCGCUGGAGCGAGGGUGGCGUAAAGCCAAAGAGGGAACACCUGGGCCGCCCAAGGUGCCCCUGCGGCAGGAGGUGGUGAGCGUCAACGGGCAGCGGCGCGGCCAGCGAAUCGUAGUCCCGGUCAAGAAACUCUUUGCCCGAGAGAAGAGGCCGUAUGGACUGGGCAUGGUGGGAAAGCUGACAAACCGCACUUAUCGCAAACGUAUAGACAGCUACGUCAAGAGGCAGAUAGAGGACAUGGACGACCACAGGCCUUUCUUCACGUACUGGAUCACCGUUGUGCAUUUACUCAUCACUAUUCUGGCUGUAUGUAUCUACGGUGUUGCACCAGUGGGAUUCUCCCAGCAUGAGACGGUUGAUUCUGUUUUAAGAAACAAAGGUGUGUACGAGAACGUCAAAUUUGUGCAGCAGGAGAACUUCUGGAUCGGGCCGAGUUCGGAAGCCCUGAUCCACUUGGGGGCCAAAUAUUCUCCAUGCAUGCGUCGGGACAAGCAGGUGCACGACCUCAUCAGGGAAAAGCGAGCGAUCGAACGCAACUCUGCCUGCUGUGUGCGCAACGAUCGCUCCGGUUGUGUCCAGACCUCAGAGGACGAAUGCUCGAGUACUUUAGCUGUGUGGGUAAAGUGGCCGAUGCAUUCCAGCACUCCGCAGUUAAACGGGAAAAGCAGGCAGUAUGGAUCAGUUUGCCAUCAGGACCCCAGGAUCUGUCUGGAGCCCGCCUCAGUUCCACCUCAUGAAUGGUCUGAUGACAUCACCAAAUGGCCAAUAUGCACCAAAUUCAACACCAGAAACCACACCAACCUGCCUCAUAUAGACUGCACCAUCACAGGGCGACCCUGCUGCAUUGGAACCAAAGGGAGGUGUGAAAUCACAUCCCGGGAGUAUUGUACCUUCAUGAAGGGCUACUUUCACGAGGAAGCCACUCUCUGCUCUCAAGUACACUGCAUGGACGACGUUUGCGGACUGUUGCCUUUCCUCAACCCUGAAAUUCCAGAUCAGUUUUACAGACUGUGGCUCUCCCUUUUCCUGCAUGCUGGGAUCUUGCACUGCCUGGUGUCAGUGGCCUUCCAGAUGACCAUCCUGAGGGACCUGGAAAAACUGGCGGGCUGGCUGCGUAUCUCCAUCAUAUACAUCCUCAGCGGCAUCACUGGCAACUUGGCCUCGGCGAUCUUCCUGCCGUACAGAGCAGAGGUGGGCCCUGCUGGUUCUCAGUUCGGGAUCUUGGCCUGCCUCUUUGUGGAGUUGUUUCAGAGCUGGCAGAUCCUGGCGCAGCCCUGGCGGGCGUUCACCAAGCUCCUGUGCGUGGUCCUCUUCCUUUUCGCCUUCGGUCUGCUGCCCUGGAUUGACAACUUUGCGCACAUCUGCGGCUUCAUCUCCGGCUUCUUCCUGUCCUUCGCCUUCCUGCCCUACAUCAGCUUCGGCCGCAUGGACCUGUAUCGUAAACGCUGUCAGAUUAUCGUCUUCUUGCUGGUCUUCUUCGGCCUCUUCUCGGGCUUCGUGGUGCUCUUUUACGUCUACCCCAUCAAGUGCGAAUGGUGCGAGUUGAUCACCUGCAUCCCUUUCACUGACAAAUUCUGUGAGAAGUACGACCUCAACGCCCACCUCCAUUGAGGGAGGUGUGGGGGGUGUGAGGCCAACAGGAUGAGCCGUCCACUGUCCCACCGCGUUCUGUGAACUACGAUGAUAUGCUUGUGUUUUUUUUCUACUCCGUCAGUAUGAAUAUCUUCGGCACUCAUCCCAUCAACUUCUUUCAUUCACCUCCCACUUUCUGUCCCUUCGUCCACAAAGGUAUAGCACUUGAGCUCCCAGCGUUCCCUUUACUCACGAGGAGGCAGGUAUAAGAACAAAUCCUGGUACCAAGAAGGAAUAUUUUUUUAACUACACAGUCACACUCCAGAAAAAGAUAUCACUAUUAUGAUAUUAAUAUAAGUAGUAGUAUUCAGGCAACCUCAUACUGAAGCAGGGACGUAAAAAAAAAAAAUAUUACCUUUGGUGCCUUGAUAAAUGUACUACUGCCAUAUUUUUGUUACAGUACGCCAAGCACUCAAAUGUUUAUUUCCCUUCAUUAUGUUGUAUUGCUUCUCAAGAAGUUAUGAUUGUUUUGGUUUUUUUGAGCAUGGUAGUGUUUUAGCUACCUGUCUACUCACGUGUAACUGAAAUAACAGAAACAAACAAGAAAAAA